GCCCGGGAGGCUGCGCGCGGAACAGGAGCUGGGAAACGGAGAAGAGGGAGAGGGACGCUCAGGAGGACUGUCCCCAAUUCUCAAAGCACCCAUAUCUGGGAGGGGCGAGGAGGAGCCUGAUUGCCUCUGCCAGGGCCCUUGGGGGGCUUUGGGACGCGCGCCAGACCUGGAGCAGGCGCUGGAGAGGGGCCGGAGCCGGGAGGGCUGCGUCUGAAGUGGCGCCGGCUGGUCGCGAGCCGAGCCUAGGGAGGGGAGGGUCCCGCUCCUGCCCCGCCUCCCUCCCCCACCCGCUGCGGGACUUGCUGUUCUCGAGCCCCUGCGUCCCGUAGGCGCGCGGCUCUGGGAAUGGCCGGCUGGGGCCGCUUGUCUCGUCCGGGCGUUCCUUUUCCGAGCGAGGCCAUUUGCAUCCGGAAUCACCAACCACCAGCGCUUUCCAGCGGGACUGCGGCCCUACCCGCGCCGGGCCCACCCCCGCCUCCCCAGGCCCUUUCCAGGGUUCCCACGGCAGGGACUCCCACCGGAGCGCAGUGUCUCGGGCUGAGUGGGAAGGGGACCCGGCCUCAGCUCCUUCCCCGACCUUGGGGGAGCGAAGAGAAGAGGGUAGGAUGGGGGAGCGGGAGGAUCCCUGGAGCACAAGAACGCACCCGUCGCCAGGAGGUCCCCUGCGUCCACUGCCCCGCGACUCGAGCUACAGCGGCUUCGACGCCUGGGUCGUCCCUGGGGUCCUGGGCCUGUCCCCUCCCGCCCUGGGACUUGAGGGCAGCCCUUCGCCUACCUCCUCCUCCCCAGGGGGAUGCGGCCCUCGCAGCUCCCGCCCCAGCGCAGAGCGCAGGGGAACAGGCGCCCGGAGCUCCGGGACUGCGGGUGGGAGCACCUACUUCGUAGGAUUGUUGGGAA